AUGGAUUCUUCAAUGGCAAGUGCUGGUGGGUCUGGAGAUGAAAGCUCUCAAAACUUGAACAACGGAAGAAAAACCUCCUACAAACGUCUUACUGCUGCUCAAACAACCAAACUUGAAAGAUUCAUCAAGGACUGUCCACACCCUGAUGAGGCCCAACGGCGUCAAUUAGCUAUUGAGAUUGGACUUGAGCCAAGGCAAAUCAAGUUCUGGUUUCAGAAUAAGAGGACCCAAAUCAAGAAUCAACAUGAGAGAGCAGAUAACACUGCUCUUCGGAUUGAGAAUGAUAGGAUUCACACAGAAAAUGUUACGAUGCAAGAGGCUUUGAAGAGUAUGCUUUGCCCAGCUUGUGGGGGUCCCCCGUGUCUUGAAGGAGAGCGUGAACAUGCUAUCUAUAAUAUGAAACUUGAAAAUGCUCACCUAAAGGAAGAGCAUGAAAAAGUGUCGCGCCUUCUGUCAAGGUUCUUGGAGAGCCAGAUGAUAUCGCCUGAUCAGUUCCCACAGGGUUUUUUUCCCAUCAUAGGAUCAAGUUCAAAUGCUGCACCAGUUGGGAAUUCACUGAACCAAGUGAUUGAUGGAACUCCCAGUCAUGAUCCAAAUGUUGCUUUGCAAGUUAUGGAUAGUGGCCAUAACUCUUAUGCAAGUGAUUGCAUUGAAAAAACCCUUAUGUUUAAGGUUGCUGCUGCUGCAAUGGAUGAGUUAGUUAGGCUUAUUCGGAUUAAUGAGCCUUUCUGGGUCAAGUCUUCAACUCAUGAUGGGAAGCUCAAUCUUCAGCUUGAAAACUAUGCAAAAAUGUUCCCAAGGACCAGUCAUUUCAAAGGUGCCAACGUGCGUGUGGAAGCAACAAAAGAAUCAGGCAUUGCGAGCAUUAGCAGCGUUCAGCUUGUUGACAUGUUUCUAGAUUCGGAAAAAUGGGUUAAUCUGUUCCCAACGAUUGUCUCAAAAGCAGAAACAAUGAAAGUAGUUGAACGAGGUUUGGCAGGAAACCGAAGUGGAGCCUUGCAGUUGAUGUUCGAGCAAAUGCAUGUUCUUUCACCCUUUGUGCAACCUCGGGAAUUUCAAUUCCUUCGCUACUGUCAACAAAUUGAAGAAGGCCUGGUGAUAGCAGAUGUGUCAUUUGAUUCCUUUCAGCAAAAGAUCUCUACUUUUCACUCUUGGAAACACCCCUCUGGAUGCUUGAUCCAGGAACUGCCUAACGGGUGCUCCAUGAUUACUUGGAUUGAGCAUGUGGAAGUGGAUGAUAAGAUCCAAACACAUCAGCAAUACAAAGAUAUUAUUGGUAAUGGCAUUGCGUAUGGAGCUGAAAGGUGGAUUAUGGAACUUCAAAGAAUUUGCGAGAGAUUUGCUGCCUUUUACGUUGAAAAGAUACCUGAUCAUGACUCUGCAGGAGUGAUCAAUUCUCUUGAAGGAAGGAGGAGUGUAAUGAAUUUUUCUCAUCGUAUGCUCAAAAUCUUCUGUGAAUGUAUAACCAUGGUGGAUGGCUUGGACUUUCCACUUUCUGAUUUGGAGAAUGGUGGCGGGGUGAAGGUCUCUAUUCGCGAAAGCAGAAGGGUUGGUCAACCAAGUGGCCUGAUUGUUGCAGCUGCUACCUCCAUUUGGCUUCCUCUCCAUUAUAUGAAACUUUUUGAGUUCUUCAUGGAUGAUAACAAUCGCGCUCAGUGGGAUGUUCUUACCUGUGGAAAUCAAGCACACAAGGUUGCACAAAUCUCAAAUGGAAUUCACCCUGGGAACUGUGUAUCUAUUAUUCGGCCAUUCAUCCCUAGCGAGAACAAUGCACUGAUUCUUCAAGAGAGUUUCACAAGCCCCAUGGGAUCUUAUGUUGUAUAUGCUCCAACUGAUGUCGCAACUAUGAGUUCGGCCAUAAACGGAGAAGACUCUUCACUGUUACCAGUUCUUCCAUCAGGUUUUGUCAUCACUGCAGAUGGUGAACCAAAUCCAAAUGCAGCUUUGGGAGCAUUUGAUACUUCUGAUAGAUUGGGAGGCUCAAUGCUCACUGUGGCAUUUCAAAUACUAGCCAGUUCUGAUGGAACCAAUAUGCCAAAUAGGAGAGCUGGUGCUGCUGUGAACUCCCUUUUAACCUCAACUAUCCUGAGAAUCAAGGAUGCUCUGAACUGCAACAACUUGGAGUGA